AUGGAAGCGGGCGGACAGGAAGGCGGCUUGCCCGGAGCGAGCCAAGGAGCUAGGCCAUCGAAUAAACGCCUGCAGCAAACUCAGGCCCAGGUGGAUGAAGUUGUUGGAAUCAUGAAAGUAAAUGUGGAAAAAGUAUUGGAACGUGACCAGAAGUUAUCACAGUUAGAUGAUCGUGCAGAUGCUCUUCAGGAGGGUGCAUCACAGUUUGAGAAAUCAGCUGCAACAUUAAAACGGAAAUAUUGGUGGAAGAAUAUCAAAAUGAUCAUUAUUAUGUGCGCUAUUAUCGUCAUACUCAUCAUAAUCAUCAUUGUUUGGGCAGGAAAUAAAUAA